AUGGAUAAAGACCCGAAAGCCAGAAUUCUGAUACUCUUCAACUUGUGUUUCUUGGAUAACUCUGGUUUAUUUGACGACAGAUUCGUUACAACGCCAUACCUCAAUGGACAACAGAGAAGAGAUGUCUUCGAAACAAGAAGGGAUCUCCUUAAGAAAUUGACAGCCUUGCAAAACCAAUCGUUCAAGUUGGGGAAAUGCAUCUAUGCUGUUAUUGACAUAGCUUCACAACACCCAAACUACACACACGACUCCAUCACCUUCCACCACUUCCUCCGCAAACUCUCCCUCUCUUCAAACCCAAAGUUCCUCCCUCACAUAACCCAUAUUGUAAACAUGAUUCAAACUCAGAAAUGCAUAUGCUCUGAAGACGUCGCGUUGACUGUUAUUAAAUGUUAUGCGAAGAAUUCCAUGGUUGAUAAAGAUAUGGGAGUUUUUCAGAAUAUGAAGUAUGUUUUUGGAUGUGUACCUGGUGUUAGGUCAUUUAAUACCUUGCUUAAUGCAUUUGUCAUUUCGAAUCAGGUCAGUAGAGCGGAGUUGUUUUUCAAGUAUUUUCGAACAAUGGAUGUGUGUCCAAAUUUGGAAACUUAUAAUGUUUUAAUUAAGCUUCAUUGUUGAAGGAGGCAGUUUGAUAAGGCGAAAGCAUUGUUGGAUUGGAUGUAGGAGAGUGGGAAAAUGUCUGAUGUGUAUAGUUAUGGAACUUUCAUUAAUGGGCUUGCGAAGGAUGGCUUUUUGGGCGAGGCAUUGAAGGUGUUCGAUGAAAUGUUUGAGAGAGAGUUGUAUCCGGAUGUGACGUGUUAUAAUAUAAUAAUUGAUGGGUUCUUGAAAAAUGGCGAUUAUGAUAGCGGGAGGAAGAUUUAGGAGCGGUUGAUUAGUGGAACGAAUGUUUAUCUUAGCAUGGUUAGUUAUAAUGUGAUGAUUAAUGGUUUAUGUAGAUGUGGUAAGUUUAAUGAAGGAUUGGAACUUUGGAAUAGGAUGAAGAGGAAUGCACAAAAAAUGGACUUGUUUACAUGUUGUGCGUUGAUUCAUGGUUUGUGUGAGUUGGGUAAUGUUAAUGGGGCGGAGAGGAUUUUUAAGAAAAUGAUUGAAACGGGACUAUCACCUGAUGUUGUUGUGUAUGGUGCUUUGCUUAAUGGUUAUUGUAAGGUUGGGGAGAUUAAAAAGUGUUUUGAGUUGUGGGAGGUGAUGGGGAUAGAAGAUUGUCGCAAUGUUACUAGUUAUAAUAUAUUAAUUAGAGGUUUGUUUGAGAAUCGAAUGGUGGAUGAAGCGAUUUCUAUUUGGAAGCUUAUGGGUGAGAAUGGCGUUGUUGCUGAUUCAACAUCUUAAGGAGUUCUAAUUCAUGGGUUGUGUAAGAAUGGGUCUCUGAACAAGGCUUUGAAUGUCUUGCAAGCUGAAAAUGAAGGAGAAAGAUGUGUGGAUUUAUAUGCAUACUCGUCUAUUGUUAAGGGGUUGUGCAGAGAAGGAAGAUUGGAUGAAGCAACUGCAAUGCUUGAUUUGAUGGCUAAACAGGGAUGUACACUAAGUUCUCAUGUUUGCAAUGCACUAAUCAAAGCAUCUAAAGUUCAGGAGGCACUCCGAUUUUUUGGUGAAAUGCAUAGUCAGAAUUGUUCCCCAACAGUAGUAACAUAUAAUGUGCUUAUAGAUGGGUUAUGCAAAGCUGAAAGAUUUGGUGACGCUUAUGAGCUUGUGGAGGAGAUGCUGAAGAAAGGGUGGACGCCGGACAUGAUAACAUAUAGCUUGUUGGUGGAUGGUCUUUGCCGAAGCAAAAUGGUGGACCUGGCCCUGAAGUUGUUGAAUCAAAUUGUUAGCAAGGGAUUGAAGCCUGAUGUGACCAUGGUUAACAUUAUAAUUCAUGGCCUUUGCUCUGUUGGAAAACUUGAGAACACGUUGCAGAUCUUUUUGAGCAUGAGCCAAUGGGAAUGUCUCCCGAAUCUCGUCACAUAUAACACCCUUAUGGAGGGAUUUUAUAAAGCUAGAGACUGCAAAAAUGCUUCAGCAGUUUGGGCUCUCAUUUUAAGAGGUGGGUUUCAGCCUGAUAUUAGUUCUUAUAAUAUUACUCUAAAGGGGCUUGCUUCUUGCCAUAGAAUGUCAGAUGCCAUAUUAUUCUUUAAUGAUGCUCGUAAAAGGAAAAUCCAUCCAACUGCAGUUACAUGGAAUAUACUUGUUAGAGCAGUUAUUUGUGGCUGAACUCUAAGACGAUUUUCAUGGAGUACACACCUAGUGGGUUUUAGAUACUAAUUUUCUACCCCGAGCAGGAAAUUCAACUGCAAUUAGUUAAAUACACUUAUCUGAUCUCUAAGUUCAUUGGUUUCAAUCCCCCACUUCAAAAUUAUCAGGCCUACCAUUAUUACUCUCACUAUCAAGCCAAGUUUCGCGGACCUGUAUAUGAUAGUUUUUGUUUUAAGUUAUAAGUAUGCUCUCUACUCACAUCAGGUUGAAUGGUAACCUAUGUGAUUGAGACUCUAAAAUACUGGAUUUUGAAGGAAUUAUGCCGCCAACUCAAUUCUAGCUGAGUGAAAAAUGAGAGGACAGUAGAGGCGACAGGGAUGUCCAUGCAAAAAAGUUGGGCUGCUUAUUGGGAUGAGAUAUUCUGAAGGGGUAUGAAAUGGUCAUGUGUUUUUUUAGGAAGAAGUACUGUUGGCUGACAUCUGGGAACUACUUUAACACCUCUUUUAAUUCCUCAGGUACUACCUCUGCAAGUUGUACUUCUUCGGCUGAUAUAGUGAACAAGUGAGCCCACAUAGACUUGCCUUUUCUAAACAAUUGUUUGACUCCUUUAGCCGUCAAACUCUUCAACUCACUCUGAUGAUAAAUUCCUCUCAACUCCACUCUUUUGCCCUUAUGGGUGACUUGGACCAUGUACUCAAUAAAGUCUAGCAAUACCGGAUUAUGAAUCUUCACCCAGUCCCCACCUAAGAUCAUGUCAUUGGCUCCCAAACUGACUAGUCUCACUGAGUCUUCAAACUCAAUGCCCUAUACCUUCAUCUUGAAUUUCGGACAAGAAUGUUUGCUCAUAAUGUGAUUGCCAUUUGCCACGGUGACCCUUAUGGGUGCAGCUCCAGUAAUUCCAUACCUAAUUCUUUUAGCAGCUUCCAUAUCCAAGAAACUAUGGGUACUCCCAGAGUCCAACAAGAUAGUUAUCUUAUUUUUCUUGGACUCGCCAUUAGGUACUUCUGUGCCUGACAAGGCAUUCAAACUAAUAGCCUCAUCCAUUAUUAGUUCUUCUUCUUGGAGUUCAGAUCUCCUCGCAAAAUUCACGCCAGGUGAUGCUUCCCUUGCUGAGCUGAUAGGAGAAGUACCACGCCUCUGUCUAUCCAUUGAGGUGAAGAAUUACCUCUUCUAACUUCUGCUCUGGGUUCGUUAUGUGAUUGUGGUGGAAAUACCUCUCGCAUCUCCUCAACCACGAGCAAGGAUCAAGCCCUGUCACCCCUUCAAAGUAGGGAAAUUCCACUUUGGAGUUGUAACCGCCAUAACUAUUGUUGCUCGACAACCAUCCUAUGUCUGUUACCUUGCCCAUCAUUUUGAUGAUUCUCCCCUGGUGCGCUACCUAAAAUUCCCGCAGUAUGCGGAAGCAACCUUUCCAUGAGCAGAUCUAUUUUACGGGACAAGUCAUCCAUUUUUGCUUCAGAAACUUCUGCUCUUUUACUUGAUUCAGUUAUGUGGUUUUGUAAUUGAUUUUCCAGUUUCUUCAUAUUAUCCUCCAUAGCUUUGGACCUCGUUUUUAUAAUCGUCAUCUAGUAAUGGCCAGGAGUGUCUGAUACAGAGUUGUAAUGAACUUUAUCGAACUGAAUGAAUCGAGACAAAAUGAGGAAUUUUAUUGAUCAA